AUGGACCUUGCAAAACACAACCCAGCUGAGAUUUGGAUCGCGGCCCGGAGUGCUCCCAACGCCCAAACCGUCAUCAACGCAAUCGAGAGCACCUCCCCAACGGUCUCUGUCAAGUUUCUAAAGCUCGAUCUCACUUCCUUUGAAUCUAUACGCAACGCUGCAACCACAUUCCUCUCAGCGGCAUCCCGUCUCGACAUCCUCAUCCUCAACGCGGGCGUCAUGAACGUCCCUGCUGGAAGUGUGACGCAGGAGGGCUACGAGAUGCAUUUCGGGACCAAUCAUGUUGGUCACGCCUUGUUCGUCAAUCUUCUUGUUCCCAUCUUGCGAACGACAGCCUCCGAAAGUGAUGUUGGCGGCGGAAAAGCCGACGUCCGCGUCGUCUUCGUCAGCUCCGUGGCUCACAAGUACCCACCUUCUGGCGGUCUGCAGUUCGACAGUUUCCAUCCAAAUGGCCGAAGUAAAAGACUUUCGGCAAAUGCUCUCUAUGGACAAAGCAAGCUCGCCAAUCUGCUGUACGCACGGGAGAUGGCCAAGAGGUACCCUCAAUGGACGACCGUCUCCAUCCACCCAGGCACAGUCAAGACCGAUUUGCAAAAGUCGACGGAUGGCAGUCUGCUUAUUAGAGCAUUUCAGAAAGUGGUCGUUCCACUCAUCGGAGUCGACGUAGAGGGGGGCGCGAGGAGCCAGCUGUGGGCUGCUACUGCCGAUGGGGUUGAAAAUGGCGAGUACUACGAGCCCGUGGGCGUCGCUGGCAAUGGCAGUGCUUUCGCAAAGGAUAACAGCCUCGCACUCAAGCUGUGGGAUUGGACUCAAAAGGAGAUUGAAAACAUGCAUAUCUGA